CAAAGGAGCGGGAGUGAUCACCAUGGCUGAUGAUGAGCAGCUUUCCAAAAAUCAAAUUGAUGGUGAUGCAGAAGAAGAUGCGGAAAAUUGUUCCCAGUGGCGUCUAAAAAAGAAGCAGAAGCUUGACGAAGAGAGUGAUGGGACCGAGGAUUUGGACGAGGACGAGGAUGAUGAUGAGGAGGAGGUGCAUGUAUCAGAAGAAGAUGAUGGUUCCGAUGAUUCCAUGGAAGAGUUCACGAUUUCUGAUGAGCAGUUUGAGAGAUUGAAGCCUGAGUACUGCCCUGAAGGGGUUGAAGAGGUCGAUGAAGAUGUAUGGAUCAAGUAUCUCAAAGAGAUUAGGGAGAGCGAGGGUUUCGAUAUUUACCAUUAUCCGGGUAUGUGCUUGAUGGCUCGAUAUCAUCCCAUUGAUAUUGAGAAGUAUCCGUCAGAACUCGAAGAACUAAUUGAUUUCUCGAAUGCUGCGCUUCUUGAUUUCAACCAGAAGGAAGGCACAAAGUACAAGUUGGAAAAGGUUGAGAAGGCAAACAGACAACUUGCUGGUCCUGGUUGCAACUAUUACAUAACUUUCCAAGCCAAAGAUUCUGUUGCUGAUGCUUUCAAGACCUUCCAAGCUGUAGUAUGGUGGGGCAUAGAUAGGUCUGGUUCAGAAUCCUCCGCAGCAGUUGUGAAAUUCUGCAGGCUGAAAGCGGCUGCUGCAACUUGAUUCAAUCUCAUUGGGUUUUCUGGUAUUGGUUCUGAAUUUUAACGAGUUAUUAAUGUAGAAAUGAAAAUUUGGAAAUUGGGUUAAAAAAGCUAGCAUGAUCUGUACUCUCUUUUAGUUUCUGAUUCUUCAGUCAUCAGAUGAUAAAUUAUGAUGGUUCUUCGAAGUUCA